AUGCGCUUCCUCAUCGACGUUGUCGCUUCACUCACCCCUAACGACCACCACGUGUGCAUCCUGGGAAAUGUGCCAGUGAUCAUGCUCAAGGUAUCGACGUCGCCUACAAGCACAACAUGGACUGCGACGGUGGAAGGACUCGAGUUACCAACUCUGGCAAUCGAGUACAAAUAUGCGAUAGCGUCGACCCAAGACCACACGUUUGUGGUAUGGGAAUCCCUGCCGCUCAACCGAACGGUCGUGCCAGAACCCAUGGUCCUCGGAAAUCAACAUCGUUCAGGCAAUAGCGAGGUUCACGAUGGCUGGUUCGGGCUUGAUACGCGGGAGUUGGGCGACUGCUCCAAGCUCCACAUCGAAGUACGUAUGUACGGAUAG